AUGUCGACACCAGAAACUUGUCCUUUUGAAUUUCUUGCCCGCACCACUCAGGCCGCCAAGCACGAGCAGUCGCCAGACACCCGACCCGACACGGUACCUCUGCCUCGACCGACUCGGUCCACGCCCGCCCGCCCUCACGGUGCCUCGCUCGACCGCCUCCGCAAUCUUGCGCGCUGGCUGCGCGUCAACGAGCUUGGCGGAGAAGACGUGCAGAUGUGGCUCACCCGGGUCCUCUCCUCGACAUGCUUCCUCGGCGCCAUAAUAUUCACCAUACCGCUGGCCUUCGACAUAGGCGGCCGGACAUGCGGACUCGCCUUCUCGCUGUCCCUUAGUGCAUACUACUUUGUGUAUUCGGCCUUGCGCCUGGCAACGCCGGCCACCUCCCGAUUCAGGUGGGCAUUAUGUCAACUAUUUGCUUGGACACAGUGGUUGAUGAUUGGAACGCUGUUGAUCUGGAGUCUAAACAAGUUUUCUGUCGACUCGGACAACAACUCAGGAUGGGUGGAGCGGACGUUUGGCGGGAAGAGGUCGCAGGAGACCAGUCUCUAUGAGUGGAUAUUCGGCCCUGAAGGGCUGUUGCAAUCGGCAACAAUCGGCGCCUGGGACAGCGUCCUGAGGUAUAGCACGCCGGUCUUCCAGAUCCUCGAAGGCUUCUGCAGCUUGUUGGUCAUACAGGCCUCAGGUCAGGUUACACGAUGGGUUGUGAACGGAGAGCGGGGGGACAGCUGGAUGAUUGGCCUCCUAAUUACCUCCGCUUCUAUCAUCUCAUCGUCCGUCUACUUUCUCUGGCGGAUCACGACAUUUCCAGAGAUUAGUAACGUAGAUGCCAUUCUCAUCGGUGUAGCUAUCACCACCGCCAUAUUCCUAUGCGCAUGGGGCAUCGUCAGUGGCAAAGGCAAUCCGGUGGAAUCAUCCCUCCUCUUCGCCUACGUUACACUCUGCAUCUACCAAAUCUUCACAGAUUACCAGCCCGCGCCGGGCUCGGCCGCUGCGGAUGCGCCUUCUGACCCUGCCUUACCUCCACUGCCUCCAAUCAUAAUGGCUUCUUACACGACGCUUCUCCAUGCCUUGGGCUCUCUCCCAACCAUCAUGCACACAGCUUUCAACCUCAUGGUCGGCGCCGUAAUGACCAUCUCCCUGUCCGUCAUCAUCUCGCUCGCCUACCGCGUCUUCGUUCUUUACGCCGCCGCUCGCAUCAUACCCGCGAUACGGGAAUCUGGUGCCCGAGCACUAUCCGAAGAACCAAGCCUCGAUGACGACGACGAUACAACCAAAAUUCUAGGAUUCCUUACUUGGUUCAGCCCAAGUAUCAUAAUAGCAGUUUACACGAGUUUACUAAUGCAGCAUUUCGCGAGCGGAAACGGAGAUGCCAACGGUAGUGCUGUGCAGGGCGAGUGGUGGAAGAACCAAGGCGGUGAGACUGGUGGGAAUCUCUGGCGAUGGGUGAACCUAGGGAUCACCAUGGCUAUUUAUGCCAUCGAAUUGAAGAUGAGCAAAGAAGACGACGAUGGUCGGCUCACGCAACACUGGAAGACAGAUUGA